AUGCUGGUCCUCACCUUCUACAUCUUGACCUUCACGGUGGGUUUCCCAGCCAACAUCUUCACCUUCGCCACCCUCUUGAGUAAAGCUCGGCACCGUGUCUCACCUUCCGACAUCCUCCUCCUCAACCUGACGGCUGCUGACCUUCUCCUCCUCCUCUUCCUCCCAUUCAAGAUGGCCGAAGCAGCUGCUGGCAUGACCUGGCCUUUACCCAUCUUCCUCUGCGCCUGGGCCAACUUCUGCUUCUACUCCAGCAUCUACCUCAGCAGCCUCUUCUUGGCCGCCCUCAGCGUUGAGCGGUACCUGGGUGUGGUCUUCCCUCUCUCCUACAAGGACCGGAAGAGACCGGCCAGGACAAUGGCCGUCAGUGUUGUCCUCUGGCUCUUGGCUUGUUCUCAUUGCUCCAUUGUCUUCAUAGCUCAAUAUCAUGGUGGUGGGAACCAAUCUAUGGUCAACAGGUCCAUGGUCAUCAGCUCUGAUGGUUCUACAGUCAAUGGGUUGAAGCCUGGUGGUUCUAAGACAUCCAACCCUGAUGGCUUCAUCCAUGAUGGUUUCAACCCCUAUGGUACCAAGUUCUCCAGUCCACAUGACUCCAUCACUGGUGGCUUCAACCCCAGCAGUUCUAAGAUAUCCAACCCCAACAUCAUCGAGCCUGAAACCUUCAAGAUCUCCAACCCCAAAGGCUCGAUAGGCAACAGCUUUGUCCCCAACAGUGCCAAGACCACCGGUGGUGACAUCUCCACUCUUGAUAGCUCCAAGAUCUCCAAGCUCAACACCUCCAAAAUCUCCACCACCAACCAUGCCCAUAUCCAGGACAUCUCUGACCCCACCAACAUCUUCCCAACCUCCAACAUUCCCAGUUCCUCUGCUCCCAACGUCCGUGAUGGCUCCAAAACCAACAACAUCUACAAGUGCUACGAUGACUUCUCUGAAGACCAACUGAGCUUUGUCCUCCCUCUACGUCUCGAGCUCUUCCUCGUCCUCUUUCUCCUGCCCUUCACCAUCACCAUCUUCUGCUACAUCAACUUUGUGAGGGCUCUCCUCGCCCGGCCAAACAUCCCACUGGAGAAGAAGCAACGAGCCGUGGGCUUGGCCGUGGCCACCAUGAUCAACUUUGGGGUCUGCUUCGCACCCUACAACAUCUCACACGUGGUGGGGUUUGUAGAGAAGAAGAGUCCCAACUGGAGAGUCUACGUUUUGCUCCUCACCAGCCUCAACGCCGCUCUUGACCCCGUCAUCUUCUACUUCUCCUCCACGGCGGUGCAGAGGGCCACAGCUGGGGUGGUGGUGGCCGUAUGGAACAAGUUACGGGUUGUG